AUGGAAGGAGGUAUACACAGCGGCGUAGCAGACACCUCGGCUUUCGGAGACUGCUUGUCGCUCGCAUCCAAGAAUCCUUUUGUUCUUCGCCUCGCUUUCUCCGCCGGCAUUGGCGGCCUCCUCUUCGGCUACGACACAGGGGUGAUAUCAGGGGCUCUUCUUUAUAUCAGAGAUGACUUCACCUCUGUUGAUAGAAAAACCGUGCUGCAGGAAGCAAUAGUGAGCAUGGCCGUAGCAGGAGCCAUCCUGGGCGCGGCCGUCGGCGGCUGGUUGAACGACAAAUACGGGCGGCGGAGCGCUCUCCUAGUCGCGGACUUCCUCUUCUUCGUCGGAGCCGUUCUCAUGGCUGCAGCCCCGAAUCCUGCCGUCCUCAUCGUCGGGAGAGUGUUCGUCGGCCUUGGCGUCGGAAUAGCUUCCAUGACCUCGCCACUCUACAUCUCAGAGGCGUCUCCGGCGAAGAUCAGAGGCGCCCUCGUCAGCACCAACGGAUUUCUCAUCACCGGCGGCCAGUUCCUCUCUUACCUCAUCAACCUCGCUUUCACCAAGGCGCCCGGGACAUGGCGAUGGAUGCUCGGAGUGGCCGGAUUGCCGGCUCUGCUGCAGUUCAUACUGAUGCUGCUCCUCCCCGAAUCGCCCCGUUGGCUUUACAGAAAGGGGAGAGAAGAUGAAGCUGAAGCGAUACUGAGAAGGAUAUACUCGCCCGAGCAAGUUCGUGUUGAGAUGCGAAACCUCAAGGAGUCGAUUGAGAAAGAGGCGGUUGAGGACUCGUCGUCUGAGAAGAUCAGUAUGGUGAAGCUGCUGCAGACGACGACAGUUCGAAGAGGGCUCGUGGCCGGAGUAGGGCUUCAGGUGUUCCAGCAGUUUGUGGGCAUAAACACGGUCAUGUACUACAGCCCCACCAUAGUUCAGCUGGCUGGCUUUGCAUCGAACCGGACAGCGCUCCUGCUGUCGCUCGUCACCGCAGGGAUGAACGCGUUUGGCUCCGUUGUCAGCAUAUACUUCAUCGACAGAACAGGAAGGAAGAAGCUGCUCAUCAUAAGUUUAUGUGGCGUUAUCGUGUCACUCGGCCUCCUAGCAGCAGUGUUUCAUGAGACGGCAUCACAUUCACCGGCGGUCAGUGCAGCAGAGACGUCCAGCUUUGCUCCGUACACCUGCCCCGACUAUCGGUCAGCAGGGGCGGCCCCUGCGUGGAACUGCAUGAAGUGCUUGAAAGCAGAAUCUCCAAGCUGUGGAUUCUGUGCAUCAUCUAAGGACAAGAUGCUUCCCGGAGCAUGUUUGCUGUCGAACAACACGGUCAGGGACGACGUCUGCCAUGGAGAAGGCAAGGCAUGGUACACGAGGGGAUGCCCGAGCAGCUUUGGAUGGCUAGCCCUAGUUGGACUAUCCCUGUACAUCUUAUUCUUCUCCCCUGGAAUGGGCACAGUUCCAUGGAUUGUGAACUCUGAAAUAUACCCUUUACGGUUUCGUGGCAUCUGUGGAGGCAUUGCUGCAACGGCAAACUGGAUAUCUAACCUGAUUGUCGCGCAGUCUUUUCUAUCCUUAACAGAAGCAAUCGGCACUUCUUGGACAUUCCUUUUGUUUGGAGUUGUUUCAAUCGUAGCUCUGCUCUUUGUGCUGGUUUGCGUGCCUGAAACAAAGGGCCUCCCCAUUGAGGAAGUCGAGAAGAUGCUGGAGAGUAGAGCUCUACAGUUGAAAUUCUGGGAGAGAAGGUCUGAUACACUGAAGAAAAACCUGCAAGUAUGAAGAAAUAGGCUUGUCCAGAAGUAGGACAGGAAAAUUCUCUAAAUAUUUUCAGUGGUUUUCCGAAGCCUGUAAUCUAAUUUAUUCAAUAAUAAUAACGAAGCUCAGUUCAUACA